GUGUGGGAUGGUGGCGAGGUACACAUGGCCCUGAACAACCAGGCCACCGGGCUCCAGAACCUCAAGAAGGAUAUCCGGGGCGUGCUAGACCAGAUGGAAGACAUUCAGCUGGAGAUUCUGGGGGAUCGCGCCCAGUGCCGCACCCAGGCAAGGAAGGACCUGUGCUUAUCAAAUGCGCUGCCACAGCUGGGAUGCUCCGAGGGCUUCAAAGGCCAGCUCUGGCUGCUGGCCCUGAGGCUGCUGCUGGGCGCCCUGCUGGCCUGCACCGCCGCCUACGUGUACGUGGUGGACCCCACACCCUUCGAGGGGCUGGUGCCGCCCCUGCUGAGCCGCGCUGCAGUCUGGAAGCUCCGGGCCCUGCUGGGCCCAUUCCUGCGCCUCGAGGUGGACGACUUCCUGCCCUUCUAG